AGCCCACACUGGGCUAUAGGUAAGCUCAACCCACCUCACUGAGGAGGACACACUUCUGAGGAGGUCACAGCUCCGUCAGCAGCUCCUCGCCUCAGCUCUGCAGCCUUCAGACGAACAGGAGUUACUUUUUAUGGGUUUUUUUCGUGGAUAAAGAAAAGUGAAAUGAUAUGACCGGCUGUUACAGAGAAAUGCAGCUCACGCAAGACGAGUUUCACGGAGCUACAGGGCGACAACACGGCGGAGAAAAUCGCGACAGUCUGUGAGCUACAGGGCCAGGAGCAUGACUGAGCAGCAGGAGCAUAGCGAAGAGACAGGCCUGAUCUCAACACAGGACCUGGAGCCGUCCAAGGAGGACGACACACACGGCCAAUUCAGGUUUCAGCUGAUUGAAGACCUGUCCUAUGAAGAUGUCAAGAAAUGUUACCGUGGCUCGACUGUCAGCAAGUACAACUCGCAGUACCACAAACUGUUCCAGUGCGUGCCCAAAGAUGAGAUCCUGAUGAAAGUGUACUCCUGUGCUCUGCUCAGAGAUAUCCUUCUACAAGGUCGACUCUACAUUUCCAGAAACUGGCUGUGUUUCUAUGCAAACCUUUUCGGUAAAGACAUAAAGGUGGCUAUCCCUGUUGUUUCUGUGAGGCUGGUGAAGAAGCACAAAACAGCGGGACUCGUGCCCAAUGGCUUGGCUAUCACCACAGACACUGGCCAGAAGUAUGUAUUUGUAUCUCUGCUAUCAAGAGACAGUGUGUACGAUGUCCUACGCAGGAUCUGCACACACCUACAGGUCAACGGUAAGAGUCUGAGCUUGAAGCAGUUCAUGGAGGAGCCGACCUUAUCGUUGGACGAGUUUCCGGCUGCAGAUGAGUUUCCAGCAGUUGCUGAAUUCCCAUCAGUGUUGAAGUGGAGAAGGAAACCCUCAGUGGUGUCUGUCUCCUCCUCCCUUCCUGACCUGCUGGGUAACUCGACCAGCAGCCUGAGCCCAGCUGACGUACCCUUCAAAUCAGAGCAACUGCUGGAAGAGCGAGCUCUGCAGACAGACAGAGGUCUUUUAUCAGAGCCGGUGACAGAGCUGGGCCAGAUGGAGUACCAGCUGCUCAAGUUCUUCACCCUGCUUAUUAUUCUCCUCAUCUUGUCAUCGUGCUACCUGGCCUUUCGAGUGUGCAGUCUGGAGCAGCAGUUGUCCUUCCUCAGUAAUCCAAAUCUACCCCUAAGAGAGAGGUAACCACUGCUCUCUGCUGUGAUUGGCUGCUACUUCCUCUCUUCAUGCUUUGAGUUGAUGCUGCCCUUCUGCAACCGAUCCAGGACCAGCCUCAAAGCCCAGAGAACAUCAACCCCGAACCCUGCCACACAUGAAAGAGCCACGUCAAUCCAUGUCCAGGCGUCUGAAGGACCUCCCCUGAGCGGGAUGAGUCCCUACUUAGUGAUCACUUCCAGGCUAUGCAAAGAGACUUGUUUAUUUAUUAUUUCUGACUUUAAAGUAGAUUUUACUGUAAAUAACGAUUGCCCUCUUCCUCCCACAUGACACUGAAAUGUAAAGCCCUUUAACCCUUAAAUAGUGAGCAGAUCACAGUUGCUUUCUGAGGCACCGAUGGAUGGGUGUUGAAGGAUAGAAAGAGAUAAUUCAAGACAUUAAUAUCUUGUAAAGCUGUUCUUAAAAGAUGUUUUAGCCAAGUUUUUUAUAACUCAUUCAAAUCAUCUUACAUAUUUUGUUUGCAAACAAACAGACUAAUCCUAAUGCUUUUUGUUUUUUUUCUGGUGAGCUCUUGCCACAUCCCUCUGUAGGAAAGCUACAACAACAAUGCACUUUUAUAAUAUGUCCACAUAUCAAAUAUAUGCAACUAUUUUAAAAGUUAAGAUCUUAUUUUUGCGUGAUGAUAGGUACUCAGAUGUCACUUCUGAAGGUAUUUAUGGAAAGGAGAAAUUCUAAACUUGACUGAAUGAAGUUACCUGCCAUCAAACUGUUGUGUGCUGGAGAUAAUAGAUAUGGUUAUGAGAUAUAAUGUGAAUGAGAUGGUUAGGUAGGUGAAAUGCUUAAUUUAUAGUUUUUAGUUGUUCUAAUUUGCUGUGUGAAAAGAAAUACCCAGUGUGUGUUUUUUUGUACCUUAAAAAUGAAGUCACCAAAGACUAAUACAUGAGUGUUUAUGUUAUCAUCUGUGUGUCUGGGGAUAUUUUAUUGAAUUUGCAGAAAUGAUAAAAUGUCCUAGACUAGUUUGUGAAAUUGGUAUAAAUUAAAUUGGAGACACACCAUAGAUAAAUAAUGUUUUUGGGCUUUUUCUUUAGCGUCCCCUGCUAACCUGACUCUGCGUACAGGACCACCAUGAAAAGCCUCGACUCCAACAGCACAGCAAAUUUCUGUAACCUAAACACCCAGCCUAAAUCAUAAAACUGGAACAGGAUGUUGGCUGAAGCACUAGAUGCUUAAUAAAUUAAAUAUGGAG